GCAUGUUGUCCGGGGAGUUCCAGUCCGUCAGCUCGCACUUGCACUUACACUAACCAACCAACCUGUCCCCCCUCCUCCCCCUGCCCGGGCCGCCGGUGGAUUAUUCCCAUUAAACGGACCAGUCCAUUUUACAACCUUCCCCAAUCUGACUUUAGUCGUGGCUAUUCCAAAGCCUCUCAAGUACGUGGGAUUUGCCGCUCCGCUGGGAGACGCGCCGAGAAACCUUCAAACUGGAUCUGGAAAUGUCUACGACCCUUUUAUCCGCCUUCUACGACAUCGACCUGUUGUACAAGAACGAGAAGGUGCUGAAUAACUUGGCCCUGAGUACCAUGCUGGACAAGAAGGCAGUGGGCAGCCCGGUGAGUUCCACCAACUCAAACCUGUUCCCGGGCUUUCUCCGUCGGCACUCUGCCAGCAACCUACAGGCCCUGAGCGGCAACACCAACCCGGCCAAGUUCUGCCCCAACAACAACCAACUAAAGGAGCCAGCUGCAGGCAGCACCGCCCUGCUUAACCGGGAAAACAAGUUUAGGGACCGCUCAUUCAGCGAGAAUGGGGAGCGUAGCCAGCACCUCUUGCACCUACAACAGCAGCAACAGCAGAAAGCUGGGGCGCAGGUCAACUCUACCCGCUACAAGACCGAGCUGUGCAGGCCGUUUGAGGAAAGUGGGGCAUGCAAGUAUGGGGAGAAGUGCCAGUUUGCUCAUGGCUUUCACGAGCUGCGCAGCCUGACCCGUCACCCUAAAUACAAGACCGAGCUGUGCCGCACCUUCCACACCAUUGGCUUCUGCCCAUAUGGGCCACGCUGCCACUUUAUCCACAAUGCCGAGGAGAGGAGACAAGCUCCUGGGGCUGGGGAGCGCCCCAAACUGCACCAUAGCCUCAGUUUCUCUGGCUUUCCUAACCACAGCCUGGACUCUCCCCUGCUGGAGAGCCCAACAUCCCGCACACCUCCCCCUCAGUCCUCGAGCUCCCUCUACUGCCAGGAGCUGCUACAGCUCAAUAACAACAACAACCCCUGUGCCAACAAUGCCUUUACUUUCUCUGGGCAGGAGCUAGGCCUCAUCGCCCCACUGGCCAUCCACACCCAGAACCCACCUUACUGCCGCCAACCUUCUUCUUCCCCACCCCUCAGCUUCCAGCCUUUAAGGAGAGUCUCAGAGUCACCUGUAUUUGAUGCCCCCCCUAGUCCCCCAGAUUCCUUGUCUGACCGGGAUAGCUAUCUGAGUGGCUCACUGAGCUCUGGUAGCCUGAGUGGCUCAGAUUCCCCAACCCUGGACUCUAACAGGCGCCUGCCCAUCUUCAGCCGACUAUCCAUCAGCGAUGAUUAAAGCCAACACGUUAUUCUUGUUCGUUAUGAGUGCUUAGAGGGACUCAGGAGGAGGGUGGCUCAAAGCAAGCACCCAUGUAAUCACAACAAAGACUCUCCACCCUACUCAGGAGUAGGGUGUUAUUUUUUUUUUUUCUCCACCUACCCCCAAGAACACACCUCCACUGAAACAGUGUGGACUCAGCACCCUGCUCUGGAGUAGGGCAAUCCCUCCCCAAUUCUGCAAGGACUGAGCACCCCAAGCUGGAGUAGGGUGGUACACCCAGCCAGUUACAGUAUGGACUCUGCACCCCACUCAGGAGUAGGGUAAAUUGGGCUACCAUGGACUUCUAACAUGGGGCUUUCACACUUCACCUUUUUGGCUGUUGGACAGCAACUCAGCACAUCCCAUGAUGGCAGUCGCUGGCUGGAAUGUUGGGAGUUGUAGAUUAACAGCCACUAUAGGGCAACAGACUUGGCAAAAAUGGGGGGGUUACCAACAAGCACCUAACUUCACAGAAAAAGACUUGCUCUGAUGUCAGGUGACUGCCCCCCCCACAUACAAUCCAGCCUUUCAAUCACAAUAUGAACUUAACACUUGAACUCUCCUGAUGCUGGCGCUCCUGUCCAUCUUGGGUUUGUUUCUGCCAUUCAUGUUUCUGCUAGUUUUAAAUAAGCUUGGGGGUGGCUCAGAGAACGGAAAAAAAAAAAUCUCAUUGAAAGCUGAACAAAAAGAAACCUUAUUUACAUAAAGGGCAAAUGUAACGUCUAGAACAAAAAGUUAUUUUUUAUAGAACUGUGGGGUUGAGCGAGGGGGUGGGGAGGGAAGGGGAUACUUUUAUGCACCAGCAACCAUUCCAACUCUUGAAGCAUUAUUGCAGCUUUCUUGAAGUUUAGCCUUUGUACACAGUCGUGUUCAGUAAUAAAAAUGGAGACAAUUCUGCCUAAGUGACCCUUCUGCUGCCAGAGGGCAUGUCCUGCUCCUGCCAGCAAACAGGUUUAAACUUUAUAAGCUUUUUCUUUUAGUUUUUUUUUUUUUUUUUUCUCUUUUUGUUCGAGUCCAACAUCCUGCCACGAAUAUGCCUUAACAACUAGCAACCCUCUAAGAUUUGCCCCCCUGUUUUUUUUUUUUUUUCUUUUUUUUUUUUCUUAAAUGCUAAAACUUCCAUUCCAAAGUCUUUUCAUCAGUUCCAUUUCCAUCGCUUAGUGGGCUGUUUAGCUUAGAACAAUGUAUUUUUUUUUCCUAUUUGGAAGCACUCAGUUGAGUUUAGUUUCAUUGUUGAAUAACUGCUGAUUUUUCUUUUUUUUUUUUUUUUUAUUAUUAUUAUUUUUAGCUGUCUGAGUUGCUUGCCUGUCACUGCACACAACUCGAUAUGAAAAAAAAAAAAAAAUAUUUAACUUAUUUAUUAUCUCGUGAAAAGUAUACAUUUGGUAAUUUGUUCAUACUGUAUUUAUGGGUAUGAUGAAAAAAAGCAAUAGAUAUAUAUUCUUUUAUUAUGUUUAAAUUAUGAUUGCCAUUAUUAAUCUACAAAAAUGUGGAGUGUAUGUUCUUUUCACAGUAAUAUAUGCCUUUUUUUGUAACUACACUUUAUUUUAUUGUAAAUGAGCAAAAAUCCUAAUUUAAGAGAUUGUAUGUAAUAUUUAUUUCAGUAAUUCCUUUCCUUGUUUACGUUUAAAUAGAAAAAAAAAAAAGUUUUUGGUUUCUCUAGAGAAAUCUAUCUCAAUGCUGUGGAAGAAGUUUGAGGAAUUUCUAAAGUUUUUGUUUAUUUUUUUUUUUAUAACCCCCUUCUCUUUGAGAUAUGGAAUCCCCCAUUCCCAACGUGAAUUUAUAAGCAGUAACAUUAGACUUGAGUGGCUCACUCUUUUAUGCCAACCAAAUUUUUUUUUUUUUUCUUUUUUUAAUGCCUAAUUCCACCACACUCACUGUGAAAGCAGUAAGUAUGUAGCAAUAAUUGGGGGGGAGGGGGGGUCCCAGUAUUAAAGUCACAGUGCCUUUCUGAAUAAGUCACACUUGCCUUAAAUCUCUCUGAACCAAAAGUAUUCUCUAAAAAACAAAAAAACAAGGUGUGAUUAUUUGAAUGUAGGGGAUUGGGAGUUUGUAAUGUUUUUACCACUCUUGUACUUAACGACACACCGGAUUGAUAAAACUUCAUGCAGUACAUGAAUGUUUGGGUUUUUUCAUUUUUUUUUUUUUUUUUUUAUGUAUUUGAUAAAAUUCCUUAAAUUUCCUGACAUUUAAAGCCAAUUUUUUUUUUUUUUUUUUUUAAAUUUGCCUGGAUGGUGAAUGAUCAAUUUUGAAAAAAAAAAGUUGCUUACUUUUUGGUUUGUACAUAGUAGGUACAGAUUGAGCACUAUGUACUCUUUAGUGGACUACUUUAACAUUAUUAUUAUUUGUUUUUUUUUUUUUUUUCCCUGAAUGUAACGAGCGGAGGAUUUGACCAUAAUUAUAUAUAUAUGUGUAUAUAUAAUUAGUCAGUUCACUAAAUUGUGAGAGUGUAACCUUUGUACUGUAAAUGUUUUGUAGUUCUCCCAAUAAAUUUUUUUGGAAAUAAAAA